AUGAAAUUCAAAGCAAAUCUCAUAGAUGAAGCAAACUGUUUAUCCUCGUGGGUUGGAAAGGACUGUUGCACGUGGAAGGGAGUGGGUUGUAGCAACAAAACAGGCCAUGUUGUGAAGCUUGAUUUGCGUAAUCCAAUUCCUAUGCCUUUUGGACUCCUCACUGCCGACAACUAUGAUCCAAAUUUCGGAAUGAACAAAUUGGGUGGUCAGAUAAGUCCUUCCUUACUCGAUUUGAAUCAUUCGCAUUAUGUAGACUUGAGCAUGAACAAUAUUGAAAUUUCCAAUUCGUUAGGAUCUUUGAAAAGCUUGAGAUACCUUGACCUCCCUGGGUCAAUUUUCGGUGCAACGAUUCCUCAUCAUCUAGGAAAUCUUUCAAGGUUACAGUAUCUCAACCUUAGCAAUAAUUAUUUAAGUGGUCCAAUUCCUAAUACACUUGGAAGGUUGACCUCUCUCAUAGUCCUUGACCUUUCAAUUAACAACUUCAAUGAUUCAUUGUUGUAUUCUUUGUGUAACCUGAGCAGUCUUUUCCAGAUAGAUCUUAGUUCUACUACCCAUAGAGGUGCAAUCCCCCAUUGCCUUGGGAAUCUUGCUUCUCUUUCCAUCCUCAGGUUGAAUACAAAUUAUCUUCAAGGGCCAAUUCCAAGUGAGAUGGGAAAUAUGACACAACUUAUAGAGCUUGACCUCUUUUCAAAUAAGUUUGAAGGUGAAAUACCAAACUCCAUGAGGAACCUCUGCAACUUGUGUGUAUUGGAUUUGUCCAUUAACAAAUUCACUGGGAAGCUUUCAACUUCUGUUGGAAGUCCAUUUGGUUGCAUCCAUAAUAGUUUGGAAGAUUUGUCUCUUUCUUCAAAUAAGUUGAGUGGUGGUCUGCCAAACCAUUUGGGAGAGUUUAAGAAUCUGGAGAGGCUUAUUAUUGGAAGGAAUUCAUUUUAUGGUCCGCUGCCAUCAUCACUCGGAACAUUAUCAUAUUUGAGAGUGUUAGAUACUGGAGAUAAUCAAUUGAAUGGGAUCAUUCCAAUAAGUCUUGGACAACUUUAA